CUCCGCUGCCCUGUCCCUGCGCUGCGCUGAGCUCCAUCCUGAGCUCGCCUGGCCGUCGGGGUUUGUCCCAGCGCCUCUCGGACCUGCGGGGACCAGCGCCGUCCUCCCCACCCGUGGUCGCCCACGUGGGUUUCAGGCAGCUUGGGGAUGACAGUCCCUGGCUGUGACCAGAAGGAGGAGGGACGCCGGCCGGCGCGGGCAGAAGGGCUGGACGGAGAAGCAGGGUGGUAGUGGUGUCCUGGGGCCGGCGCGGGCACCCACUUGACAGCGGGACAGAGUAGACGGGAGGAGGCGGGGCAGGAGGGGGACAGAGGCGGAGGGUGGAGGCGGAGGGCUGGCGGCAGCUUCAGCGGCUCCUCCCGUGCCGUUGACAGGGGCCGGCGGGAGCACAGGAGGAGCUGUCCAGACCAGGAAAUACCAGAGCGAAGGCCAGGGCAGGGUGCGGCCGGGGCGGAGGGGCCGGGCAGGGGGAGCAGGAGGCCCGGUGACCUUAGCGGCGCCUACUGUGGCCAGAGGCUGGGCUUGAAGAAGAGACAGCAGGUCUGGCAGUGCCGAGGGCCACAGGCAGGAGGUGACUCACCUGUGCAGGCCAGGACUGGCCGCACCCACCUGCCCCAACACCAGACACCAAACCAGCCUGGGGAGCUCGGGGAGGCAGGGUCCUGCCUGGAACUCGCUGUGCGUUGAGGAUGAACCCCAAAACUCCCUAGCCUGUGGGAGGGCCCCCGGCCAGACUCCCAGCCUCAGCUGCAGCCGCCCCUCCCUGCCCCUGGUCGGCCACACCCAACUUCCUCAGUGUCAGGGCCCUGUGACUUGCUUUCCUGGAGACCCCAGGGUCCCUGAAUGAUAGCAAGGCAGCUGGGACACAGCGACACAGGCUGUCCCCGGGACACUUGGGAGCCAUAGCCAGUGUUGAGCAAGGGAAUGAGCAGGCUGGAGCUGAGCUUGAAGAGCAGGAGGUGCCAUGUGCAGCCUGGAGGAGAUGACCCUGCUGCGGCUGGAGGAAGCCUUCCUGGCCAUGCUGGCCCAUGUUGGCUCGAGCAUCCUGCAGCCCUUGCUCUUGGCCGGCCCAGAGCAUUCGGAGCCCUGGGCCCGAGAGUGCCUGUGCCUCCUGCAGCAGCUGCACAGGAGCUCCGAGCAGCUGCAGGAGGUGACAGAGCAGAGCCUUCAGUCCCUGCAGAAGAGGCUCCACCAGCCAUGCACCGCCGGCCUGGAGUCCCUGCUGAUGCUGGGCAGUGCUGACCGCAUCCUGCAGGUCUACAUGGAGUAUAUCGAGUCCUACACAAGCUGCAUGGUGGUGCAGGUCUUCCAGCAGGUGGCAAAGAGGAAGAGCAGGUACUGGCGUGUGCAGUUCGGGCUGCUGCAGAAGCACCUGCCGGGUAUGAGCUUCGAGGGCCCAGUGGACGCUGUGCUGGCCCAGGCCCUGCGCCAGCCACUGGUGCAGCACCUGCAGCAGUGCGUGCUCCUCCUGCUGCAGCUCCGGGACGGCCUCGGGAAGAGUCACCCCGCCCAGGAGCUGGUGACGCAGGCCAUCACCCUCUACGGGAACCUGCAGUCCUUCCUGCAGCAGGCGCUGGACCAGGCCACGGCCACCCAGGCCCUGUGGCACAGCCUGAGCAGCCGCCUGAAGGACGCGCUCUGCACCCCGACUCGCCGCCUCCUACAGGACAGCCAGGACGUCCCCAUGACGGCCACCCCGCUGCGGGCCGAGCGCGUGCUGCUCUUCGAUGACGCCCUGGUCCUGCUGCAGGGCCCCGCCGUCCACACCUUCGACCUGAGGCUGCUGUGGGUGCGCCCCAGGCGGCACGAGUGCACGUUCUGCGUCCUCACGCCGGAGGAGGAGUUCUCCUUGAGCGCCAGGGACCCCCUGGGCCGGGCGGUGUGGCAGUGGAAGGUGAGCCGGGCUGUGAGCCAGGCCCUUCGAGGGAAGAAGGAUUUCCCGGUGCUGGGGGCCGGCCCCGCGCCCUCCGAGCCCCCCGCCUGCCGCUCCGUGGCCUACACCUUCAGCGCCGAGGGCCGCCUCUGCCAGGCCACCUAUGAGGGGGAGUGGUGCUUGGCUCGGCCUCACGGCAAGGGGACCCUGAAGUGGCCGGAUGGGCGGCAUCACGUGGGGAAUUUCCGAUGGGGCCUGGAGCACGGCUUCGGCAUCUACCUGGUGCCGAAAGCCACCGAAGACCAGUUUGACUGUUACAAGUGCCACUGGCAGGAGGGCAGCAUGUGCGGCUACGGCAUCUGUGAGUACGGCUCAGAGGAGGUGUACAAGGGCUACUUCCGGGCCGGCCUUCGGCACGGGUUUGGGGUCCUGGACAGCGCCCCACAGGCUCCCCAGCCCUUCCGGUACACGGGCCACUGGGAGCAGGAUCAGAGGAGCGGCUACGGCGUCCAGGAGGACAGCAGCAGGGGCGAGCGCUACAUCGGCGAGUGGCAGGCCAACCAGCGACACGGCCUGGGGGUGGUCGUCACCCAGGCAGGGGUUUGCUACCAGGGCACCUUCCAGGCAGAUAAGAUGGUGGGCCCCGGCAUCCUCCUCUCAGAAGACGACUCAAUGUACGAGGGCACCUUUACCAGGGACCUGACCUUCGAGGGGAAGGGCAAGAUCACCUUCCCCAACGGCUUCACCCUGGAGGGCUCAUUCAGCAGCGGGGCAGGUAGAGGGCUGUACACACAGAGCGUGCUGGACACGGCUGCCCUCCCCCCGGAUCCCAGCAGCACCCACAAGAGGCAGCUGGGCGUGGGCGCUCUGCCCGUGGAGAGCCGCUGGCGGGGCGUCUACACCCCCUUCUGGGACUUUGCACACGCCGGCUGCCCCGGGGAGCUGCAGGAGGCCCUGCUGGGCUUCCAGGUGCAGAGCUCGCGGGAGCUGCGCCGCUCCCAGGAGAGGGGCUCCCCCGAGGACGCAGCGGGCGGGACGGAGGCCUUCCUGGAGGACCUGCUGCGGCCCCGGCAGCCGGCGGCCCUGCGGCGACACCUCGGCGAGGCUCUGAGCGCCGCGUGGCACCCCCUGGGGAAGCUGCUGCGCACCCUGAUGCUGACCUUCCAGGCCACCUACGCGGGCAUUGGGGCCAACAAGCACCUGCAGGGGCUGGCGCAGGAGGAGGUGAAGCAGCACGCCCGGGAGCUCUGGGCCGCCUACCGGGGUCUGCUGCAGGUGGCCCUACAGCACAAGGGUCAGGCCCUGGAGGAUGAGGACGCAGAGACGAGGGACCAGCGGGUGCACGGGCUGAUGCUCCCCCUUGUGCUGCCCAGCUUCUACUCGGAGCUUUUUACCCUCUACCUGCUGCUGCAUGAGAGGGAGGACGGGCUCUACAGCCAGGGUAUCAGCAGCCUGAGCGUGUUCCCCGACACCAAGCUGCUGGAGCUCCUGGAUGUGCACAAGCACCUGUGGCCCCUCAAGGACCUGCGGCUGACGAGCAAUCAGCGGAGCUCCCUGGUCAGGGACAAAUGCUUCCUGUCGGCCACCGAGUGUCUGCAGAAAAUCAUCACCACUGUGGACCCCCGGGAGAAGCUGGAGGUGCUGGAGAAGACUUACUUGGAGAUCGAGGCCACCGUGUCUCGAGUGCUGGGCCGGGAACACAAGCUGCCUAUGGACGACCUGCUGCCGCUGCUCGUCUACGUGGUGUCUCGGGCACGAAUCCAGCAUCUGGGGGCUGAGAUCCACCUGAUCCGGGACAUGAUGGACCCGGUGCACACAGGCGGCCGGUACGACUUCCUGCUCACCGCCCUGGAGUCCUGUUACCAGCACAUCCAGAAGGAGGACGUGAGGCUGCACCGUCUGCCUGGCCACUGGGACCUCAGGGACCUCCGGUAGCUCUGCACCUGUCUCAGUGCCAGGCGUGGGCCGGGCUGGGGAGGUUGGUGUCCUUUCUCUCAGGAGACCCCCACUGCCCUGGCUGGGUGAGGGCAGCCGGUCUCUGGGGACCCCCGAAAUGGGGUGAGGAGCCCUCACUUCUCUUAGCCCGAGCUUUGUGGGCCUUGGAGCCACCCUCUGUAAACGGGGGCGAUGGUCCCCAAGGGCCUGUAGCCACUUGCUGAGUUCUGGAGUCCUUUCUGCGUCUGCCUUCAGUCUGUGGGUGGUGCCGUCACUGAAAUCAUCCCGUCACUCAGUCUCGUCACACAUGUCCCUGCUGCCGCAUUUCCAGUCAGGAGGCUCCAGGCUGCAGCAGGCUCUGGCCCCGGCAGUGACCCUGAGGACCUGCCUCCUCCCUGACUCUGCCCCAGGCCCGUGGGCCUGGACUUGGAGUCCAGGAGCUUCGUCUGCUCACCUUGUGUGCCAGGACCUUACCUCACCACCAGCAAGUCCCACGCAGCCAGAGAAUGACAAGCUGGCCACCUCUAUGGGCUGUGGGGAGCACAGCAGGCUCCCACGAGGCCAGCCUUGGGCUCAGGGUGUGGGACCCUGGACUUUAUUUAAAUGGUGGUUCUAGUGGGGCCCACCAGAUACAGGAGCUGGGUCUUGGGACAGCUUUGUCCCUGCAAGAAAGCUGCUCACAGUGAGCCAAGGCUGGGCUCCCCUGGCAGCCCAGGGAAGGCCCCCCAGGGACCACAGAGCCCCGGCUGCCCCUUCAUGGCUCCUCCAGAAGAAGCGGGAGAGGCUUCUGGUCUCGUUCCACCCAGUGCAUCGGUCUGAACACAGGGCCAGGGCUCUGGUUCUGCCAGUGGAGUCAGCUUGUCAUCACUGUGGCCAAACCCCUGAGAAGAGUGACCUAAAGAAAGAGAGGUUUAUUUUGGCUCAGGGUUUCAGAGGUUUCAGUCCAUGGUCAGCCAGGUACAUUGCCUUAGGGCAGUGGCCAGGCAGAAACAUCACAACAGACAGUGUGGCAGAGGAGAGCUGUCGCUUCAUCGAAGCCAGGAAAGAGGCAGGAAGAGGGAGAGGGAGAGAGCGGAAACUGAGGCCAAGACACGCCUUCCCCAUUACCCCGCAGUGACCUCCUUCCUUCAAGCUGACCCCACCUCCCGAGUUUCCACCCCCCAACCGUGUCAUCAGCUGGGGACAGCUGUCGACACAUGAACCUUUUGGGGGACAUUUCAGAUCCAAACCAUAUCAGCCAGGAAGCUGUGGGAUCCCCAAGAAAGUCCCUGGGUGGGAGGGAGGAUUUCCACACACCCAGGACUACAGUGUGUGGAAAGCCACUACGGAGGCUUCAGUCCUCCAGCUGUUAGCAGCUUCUUCCUGUCCCAUGACAGGAAGAACCUCUACCCCUGUCCUGCUACGCUGUGGUGACCCCAGCACCUUUCCAGCCUGCUUUGGGAUCGGGGAGCCCUGUCCCCCACCCACCUUGCCCGACAUGGGUUCCAGUGGCUGUUGCUGAAGUCAGGCCCUCCCUUCCUCCUAAGUAAACCCUGUAUUUGAGGGGUGCUUUUCUGGGGAAUUACUGCAGUUAGAAACCGCU